AUGAUGGCUUCCUCGGCCCUUGCAGCGCCGUCAUCAAUCUCGCCCGGCUCGGCUCGACCAGCUUCCCCGAGCACCGCUGGCAAAGUGAAUGACCUCGUCUCCCACUUCGAAGGCCACGCCGCACUUCAACGCACCAAAACUGCCUGCCCUUCGAGCUCUCCCGAAUCCAAGAAACAUGCGACGUUAUCGCCCGCCGGCGUCGCCUCGGACGAGACCAGCGGAGCACGGGACCACAGCAAAGUGGAGCCGACUCUGGGCGCCACGAACGGAGCUCCGACCGGUAGCAAGGACGGCCCGAGUGAAGGCAGUGCAACGUUGGAGGACAUCGAGGAGGGCGAGAAGCUUCAGGUAGAGCAAGGCGGCAAGGUCCUGCCGGACGAAUCGGGCGACGAGGCCAAACCCACGCCGGUCAAUGGCCACGCCAAAGAACAGCAGCAGGGUGCAUCAGAGUCGGCGUCGCCGCAUCGGCUAUCGACCAUUCAAGAAGCUGCACGGGAGUCAACAGGCGGGAAGUUGUCCUCGUCGUCGCCGUCGUCCGCCACUUCCCCACCUUCUGCCUCUGCCUCUGCUCCCACCACCGCCGACUCGAACAAGAUCAAUGGUAAAGACAAGAGCGCGCCCGAUGCGACAUGGAAGAAGACGGAUUCGACAACAGGUGGAGAGGACGUACCAGCUCUGACCAGGCUGUCCGAGAAGCUCGAAGCUAUGCCGUCGAAGGAGCGGUCCGUGGUGCAGAAGAAUUUGGAGCGCGUUUCGGCGUACCCGACAGAUCUGCCGUUGACGGCCGCAUGGAGUGAGGCUUUCUCAGCAUCGGCACUGCAAGGGAGGCUUUGAGCUGGAGCCCUUAUCUGAUUGCCUGCCAUCCCCACCCACAGCACUGCAUUUCUCGGAUACGACCGUGGCUGCCAAAUCGUCCCACAACACGACAGCCGACGACUACGACGAUGCCGUCAAAGCGCUCUUCACCGCCAAGACCGUCUAUGAUCUCUGCUCGACGCUGAAGGCGUACAAGCGGAUCGUCGCAAGCAAGUUCUCGUCGUCGAAUAAGCGCGGCCCUGCCGCUGUCAAGCCUGCUGGCGCGAUCGAGGAGGGUGGGCUGGGGCUGAAUCGAGCGGGGCAGAACUUGCACUUCUUCCGAGCUGGGGUGUCGCCCACGUGGGAGGACCCAUGGAACAGCAAAGGUGGAAGGUUGAUCAUCCAGCCGACACCAGCCAUGUUCGAGACGGUGUUUGAGCGACUUGUGUUCCUGCUCGCGGGAUCGGCGGUCGAAGUAGCGGCGAGUGAGAUCCUGAAGAAGGCGGGCAAGUCGAGCAAGGAGGGGUUCAUCAUUGGCGCUGUUGCCAGUCGUCGAGCAGUGAGUCGAUCUAGAAUCAUGAAACUGGAACUGGAACUGGAACUGACCUGGGAUUUCUCCUUCCUCAGCGAGGUGACCGAAUCGAAGUCUGGCUGGGAGGGACAGAGAAGGUGACCCCAGCACCGAGCGAGUGGAUCGAAGCGAUCAAGGAAAGGCUGAGCGAGGAGCUGGAACUACCCGAGAUCAAGACGGGCAAGUACAGGAUGCACUUUGGAGGGAAAUAA